UUAUCAAGAACGCGCCAUCUCCUUUUAUCUUAUCGAUUUUAUUGAUAUGUUUUAUGUUUAAUUAGGUAGAAGUUAAAAUAAGAUUACCUUUGUUUCAGUCGUCCGAAAAAUGUUGCAUUUAACAAAACAAUUGCUUGCUGUGCUAUGUGCAUAUCAGGGAUCAGUUUUGAUCGGUUACACCAUGGGAUGGACGGCCCCGGUGAUACCAAAACUACAAGAUCCUGAGCAGACCCCGCUGCCAGAAAUACCUUCAGAUGGUCAGGUCUCAUGGAUUGGUUCCUUAUUGUACAUAGGUUGCAUUAUUGGUCCAUAUUCUUUAGGUCCACUAUCUAAUGUCAAAGGUCGGAAGCCGUGCUUCGUGCUGAGUGCUUUCAUCAUCAUAGCUUCCUUCAUCCUUCUUGGGGCAGCUCAGAACUUGGCCAUGAUAUACGCUGGCAGGAUCUUGAUUGGAGUAGGUCUUGGGAUCAUUAGUGUGAUCAACGUGGUUUAUAUUGGAGAAAUAGCUUCUACCAAAAUCCGGGGGAUACUCUUGAGUGGUACCGGAAUAUUUUCUACCUUAGGAACAUUGCUUAUGUUCGUCAUAGGGCCGUACGUGUCAUAUGUCAUGACCACUGUGAUUGGAAUUGUUCUGACCUUGGUUUACUUACUUGGAUUGUAUUUCAUCCCUGAAACUCCAUUGUUUGAUGUCAUGAGAGGUAAAGAAAAUGAAGCCAGAGAAACUUUAAUACACCUAGGAAGAUCAGAUGAAAUAGAAACAGUAUUGCAGUCGAAACCAGAAGUAAAGAAAACAACGAUGUCUGAUUGGAAAGAUUUACUUACAAUAAAAGGAAAUAGAUUUGCACUUUUCAUAGUGCUUACGUUAUCUAUACUACAACAAAUGAGUGGUGUUGUAGCAGUGUUGUUCUUUGCAACAACUAUUUUCGAUUUAGUUGGAUCCGUGGAGCCAAAUCUAGCGACUAUAAUUAUAGGAAUCACACAAUUAGUGUCUAGUUGUUUGACGUUGUUAUUUGUUGAUACAUCAGGGAGGAAGAUCGUGUUGAUGUUUUCAACUGCUACCUCUUGUCUUAGCUUGGCUAUGUUAGGUGUUUAUUUCUACUGGGCUGAUGUAGCCAACAAUCCUUUAGCAGACAGAUUGGGAUGGUUGCCUCUGCUGUCCUUAGUAGUAUUCUUCUUGUGUUACGACUUGGGUUUCGGCAUAAUACCAAGUGCGUUGACAGGAGAGAUGUUUGAACCUAACGUGAGGAGUCUUGGGGCUGCUGUGACAGCCACGCUAGCUUGGGCCGUCGGGUUUGGAGUGUCCACCGCGUUCGGUUAUAUGUUGUCUGGUUGGGGAGGUCACGUCACUUUUUGGAUUUACUCAGGCGCAUGCGCUUUUGCGACCAUUUUCACAAUAAUAUUUGUCCCAGAAACGAGAGGGAAGUCAUUGUUGGAAAUUCAAGUUAUGUUGAACCAGUGAAUGUUUAAAAUAGUUA